GUGGGCGGUCCACCGAGGGGGUCUACAUUAGGAGCUGGAUCCACAGACAACACAAGUCAUCAAGUGGCGCUCAAAGACUGAAGACCACCUGCAGGGGUUUUUGUGUUUUUGGAGUGGAAAUGAAGAGGAAUGUCCCAAGUUGACCGCUUGUGACAUCGCAGAAAAGGACCGGUCUGCAGAGUCCCUAAAGCUCUUGAAAGCGCCGUAGAGCAGCGUGCACCAUGGACCGCUCCGUGCAGGAACUCUUCCUCAACUUCAUGAUCGUCCUGGUCACCGUGCUGCUGAUGUGGCUGCUGGUCAAGACCUACCAGGACUAACCUGCUUUUCCACUUCCUGUGUGGGGACUCACACACGGUUUUAGUAUGAAAGGUGACUUUUCUAGGGUUGUGUGCAUGCCAUGAGAGACAAAAGUCUUUGGCAUGCAGCGUGUAACGUGGUCAAUGACAACAUGACAUUUUGCACACGUAUCCGCUUGAUGCUGACAAUAAAAUCACAAAUUGGUUGAUGCUUUCUGUACAUCAAAUGGAGCGAUGCAUUCUUUUCAUCUCCACCUAAAACACGUCCCUGGGUCUACAUCACAUUAAAAGGUGGGGCCUUUACGGUCUCUUGAAAACAAGCCAUUUCGUGGGCGCUCUGAUUUACAUGCAAAUUAACUCCACUAAGCCACGCCUGUGCAUCUACAUUUAGGGAUGAGUA